ACAAUCAAAAGAAAACACAACAAACAAAAAAUAAAUUUAGUUGAAACAAACAUUAAAAACAUCAAAAUGACUAUGUCCUCUAUUUUUAGUAGACCAAGAUUGGUUGUUAAGAAAGUUUUGGCUAGAGCUCAAAAUGAAGGUGAUGGUGCUAUAGUUAGAAGAAGCAUUGGAAGGCCUGAAUUGCAGAAUCUUGAUCCAUUCCUCAUGUUAGAUGAGUUUAAUGUUUCACCACCUGCUGGAUUUCCUGACCAUCCACACAGAGGUUUUGAGACUGUCACUUAUAUGUUGCAGGGAGCUUUUACUCAUCAAGACUUUGCUGGUCACAAGGGUACAAUCAGAACUGGUGAUGUGCAGUGGAUGACAGCAGGAAGAGGUAUAGUUCAUUCAGAAAUGCCUGCUGGACCAGGUACUCAUAAGGGGUUGCAACUUUGGAUAAAUCUAUCUUCCAAGGACAAAAUGUAAGUUACGUUGAUUCAAUCUC